UCACACCCAUGGCAGAGGAAUCCAAGAACCCCGAAUCCACUCCGCCGCCGGCCGAAGAAGUCCCCAAAGACGUCGCCGAGGAGAAAACCGUAAUUCCACCACCUCCGCCGCCGCCACCGGCUGAGGACAAGCCGGCCGAUGACUCCAAAGCCCUCGUCCUAGUUGAAAAGGUUCCAGAAGCAGCUGAGCCGAAAAGCGCCGAGGGUUCUGUAAACAGAGAUACUGUGCUGGCAAAAGUUGCGACAGAGAAGAGGAUGUCACUGAUCAAGGCUUGGGAGGAAAGUGAAAAGUCAAAGGCUGAGAACAAAGCACACAAAAAGCUAUCUUCUGUUGUGGCAUGGGAGAAUAGCAAGAAAGCAUCUGUUGAGGCUGAGUUAAAGAAGAUUGAGGAAAGUUUGGAGAAGAAGAAGGCUGAAUACAUUGAGAAAAUGAAGAACAAAAUUGCUCUGCUCCACAAAACAGCAGAGGAGAAGAGGGCAAUAAUCGAAGCCAAGCGCGGAGAAGAUCUUCUCAAGGCGGAGGAGACGGCUGCCAAGUACCGUGCCACCGGUACCGCCCCGAAGAAGCUUCUCGGCUGCUUCUAGAGCUGAACGUCGUCUUGACCGACACCGAUCAUACUGUACCGGAAAGUGAAAAUCUUCACCAGUUCAUCUCUCAUUUGGGUGUUGAUUAAUUAUUACAUGUGUUCUUCUGUGUGAUGGAAGGAACUGUUGGUUGUGUUGAUUUAAUUAUUUGUGUGCUUAGUGAAGGUUUAAAGUGUUUGUUGUGAAUAUGAUAUUUGGAGGAAGAUUAAUUUGAAUGUAAAUCAAUAUUGUUAUAGUGAUUAUAAUUUAAUUAUUGCAACAGAACCAGAUGUGAAAUGUUUGUGAAUUC